UCUAGCCCCCACCCUACCCGCAGUCUAGCGCGACUGCGCCUGCGCACAGGUGGGCGGGAAGGCGGGGCUAGGUUCUGGAGUAGAAGACUCUGACGUGCAGGCUGUGAUGUCACACCUGAAUACAGACAGGCCCACAGGCUAAGGAACUGGAAGCUGCUCUGUGGGCAGGAAGAAGGUUGCUCAGGACCACCCCUUUCCUGGUUCGAGGGGAGUCAGGCGACGCGCGCGCACUGCGCAGACUCCUCGCUGCAGUGGGCGUGAUCCGUGGAGGUCCCGCCCCUACUCAGCUGCUCAGACAGAAGCUGAAGCCCCACCGAAGUAGCAGCCAACGUCUGAUUUCCAGUCCCUGACACACCCACCUAGCCACCUUCGUUCUGCAGAGUCCCCCAGCGGCCAGGCAAUAUGAAGCCCAAACUGAUGUACCAGGAGCUGAAGGUGCCUGUUGAGGAGCCUGCGGGAGAACUGCCCUUGAAUGAAAUCGAGGCAUGGAAGGCAGCAGAGAAGAAAGCCCGCUGGGUCCUCCUGGUCCUGAUCCUGGCGGUAGUGGGCUUCGGUGCCCUGAUGACUCAGCUGUUUCUAUGGGAAUACGGGGACUUACAUCUAUUUGGACCAAAUCAGCGCCCAGCCCCCUGCUAUGACCCCUGCGAGGCGGUGCUGGUGGAGAGCAUUCCUGAGGGUCUGGAGUUUCCCAAUGCCACCACAAGCAACCCCUCCACUAGCCAGGCCUGGUUGGGCCUCCUUGCCAGUGCUCACAGCAGCCUGGACAUCGCAUCCUUCUACUGGACCCUCACAAAUAAUGACACCCACACGCAAGAGCCCUCUGCCCAGCAGGGUGAAGAGGUUCUUCAGCAGCUUCAGGCACUGGCACCUCGAGGUGUAAAGGUUCGCAUCGCUGUGAGCAAACCCAAUGGGCCUCUGGCUGAUCUGCAGUCUCUGCUACAGAGUGGUGCCCAGGUCCGCAUGGUGGACAUGCAGAAGCUGACUCAUGGUGUCCUGCAUACCAAGUUCUGGGUGGUGGAUCAGACCCACUUUUACCUGGGCAGUGCCAACAUGGAUUGGCGGUCGCUGACCCAGGUCAAGGAGCUGGGCGUGGUCAUGUACAACUGCAGCUGCCUCGCCCGGGACCUCACCAAGAUCUUUGAAGCCUAUUGGUUCCUGGGCCAGGCCGGUAGCUCCAUCCCAUCAACCUGGCCGCGGUCCUUUGACACCCGAUAUAAUCAAGAAACACCAAUGGAGAUCUGCCUCAAUGGCACCCCAGCUCUGGCCUACCUAGCGAGUGCACCCCCACCACUGUGUCCAAGUGGCCGCACCCCAGACCUAAAGGCUCUGCUCAACGUGGUGGACAGUGCCCGAAGCUUCAUCUACAUUGCGGUUAUGAACUACCUGCCCACCAUGGAGUUCUCCCAUCCACGCAGCAAGCAGGGGGCCCAGGCAGGACAGCAGAUACAAGGGAAGAAACUGUUUGUGGUCCCUGCGGAUGAGUCCCAGGCCCGGAUCCCCUAUGCCCGUGUCAACCACAACAAGUACAUGGUGACUGAACGUGCUUCAUACAUUGGAACCUCCAACUGGUCUGGAAGCUACUUCACGGAGACAGCAGGCACCUCCCUGCUGGUGACACAGAACGGGCAUGGUGGCUUGCGCAGUCAGCUGGAGGCUGUUUUCCUGAGAGACUGGGAAUCCCCAUACAGCCACGAUCUUGACACCUCAGCCAACAGUGUGGGCAAUGCGUGCCGCCUGCUUUGAGGCUCAGCCCGACGGACAGGCUAAAGCCUUCCAGGCCUCCUUGGACUCAGCUCUGGGUCCUGGUUGCUGUCCCCAUGCCCUUGCCUCUGUCUAUCCCGUGUGGCUCUGUACUCUCCACUAUACUCCUGCUGCUACCUCCACCGCCACUGGCCUGACACUCUGGCCCCUGUGGACCUAGCAGAGCUGGGGAAGGAUUGGGCCCCAAAGAAGUGGGGGUGCAUGCUGGGCCCAGACCUUUGGCCCACCCCCAAAGGGGCCAAGAUUAUAAGUAAAUAAUUGUCUGUAUA